CUAUGAGACCUGCGAUUGAUUGAGCUUAAAAGUGCAGAGAAGCAGCGGGAGUGAAUUAGAGAAGAUGAGUGCGGUUAGUUCUGUCAGCAUUCCGAAUCAGUUCCACAACGUCUUCGUCUAUGGCAGUCUCUUAGCCGACGACGUCGUUCAAGUCCUUCUCAAGCGCGUUCCUCCUUCUGCCCCUGCCACCCUGCCCGACCAUCAUAGAUUUAGCAUCAAAGGUCGUGUUUAUCCCGCUAUUCUGCCUGUGGAGGAUAAGAAAGUCACUGGAAGGGUCCUGCAAGGCAUCUCAGAUUUGGAAUUAUUUAUUUUGGACGAGUUUGAGGAUAUUGAAUAUGAAAGAAGUGAUGUUCAUGUUUAUUUGAAGGAUAAUUCUGAAAAGUUACAAGCUCAUACUUACAUUUGGAGCAACAAAAGCGACCCAAACGUGUAUGGAGAUUGGGAUUUUGAGGAUUGGAAACGAACCUACAUGAAUGACUUCAUCAAGAUGACUGAGGAAUUUAUAAAAGAACUGGACUUGCCGGAAUCAAAGCGAAGAAUACAGACAUAUGAAUCUGUUUUCAAGCAAGACAAUGACAAGCCACCUGAACCUUGAAGGUGACCGUUUGUAAAAUUCUGUGCCUUGAGCUUUGUAAUAGUCCAAUCCAUUUUACUCUUUCGAUAUCUAUGGGCUUUUCUGCCGCUAGCACAUUUUAUAGUUUAAUGAAAUAAGCUAGUUGGAGCUGGUUCUUUUCUUUUCUUCUAAAGAAAUAAUGUGGUUUCCUUUCCACUCGUAUUUGUGUAUUUUAGAUCCUUUACAAAAGGAAAGUUGAUUUUGUAACACAUGUCAGAGGAAAGGUUAAAAAUAAUCACACAACACCGCAAGUUGACCGUGAAGGUCAUAUUAAUGGGACUCUUGUUAAUUUAGAGUA